AGUGAAAGUAGGAUUUUGCUUUCUACCCGUGGCCAGUGACAAACGCGCCGUGCUCGCGAACUCGUCUCUUUUCUUCUGCGAGGAUGUGUCCGUUCGUCGUUGCUCGAUAAAUCAACGGGCACAGACACAACGUGACGAAAAAGGUUCGCGAAUUUCAGCGUCGUUACGAUGACAGUGUUGUACUGACAGUCGGGCGAACUGCCUCGAAAUCGUGCCGAUACGAAAAAGUGCGCGGUGUGAACAAGUGACCAGGAGAGGAUGUCGAGACACAAAACGAACGAUAACCGUUUCGUCGACAUGAUUCUGACGUUUCUGAUUCUCGGCUACGCCUUCGUGCCAACGAACUGUCAACAAGGAUCGGCCGAAUCGUGGGACAAAUUAUCGCGUCUGAUACCAACGAAUUCGGUGUACGAACAACAGGACAAGAAUGCAUCUCCUGUCAAUAAUCCAGCGGAAACGCUAUUACGCUCCUUGGACGAGAACAACGUCAUGGAGACGUCAAAAACGAUUGCAAAGAAAAACAAUCACGAGGAGGAAGUAGACGAGGAAAUUUACGAAGACGAGUACGAAGUUGAAACCGAUCCAAAAACGGAACAUGAAACUUUGAAAUUUCCUAAAAUCACCGAUUCCACUAAUGCAAAAUACGAAAGAGCUCCGUCAGAGUUAACCGCUCAGACAGAAGACAUGUCCAGAGACGAAGAUUACGUGGAAGACCCUUCGACCAGUCAAUACGACACGUACAAUUACUAUAACGACGAUUACUCGAGUCCUAAUCGGUCGCGAUACCGGGCCGCAGAGGACGAACACGCUCGCGACUAUCCGGAUACAGAGGAAGAAGAAGCGGAGCCGGAGGAACAUGGAGAACAAAAAGGAGAAGAAGAAGAAGAAGAAGGAGAAGAAAAAUAUGGGAAGAAACCACAGGACGACGACUAUGAUACGUCAGAGGAAGAGGAAGAAUAUUUCGAUUCUCACCACGUUGCUAACGUAAACGAUUCUUCGUCCGACCUGUUCGAAGAAAAGGAUCUUGACACGCCAAUUUCAACGACCAACAACGAGGAGGGUUCCUCGAUGGAAGGUAGCGACAAAACUUUUGCUUUUCUCGGACCACCAGAGUCGAGAAUAAAUUCCUCCGCUGAUAGUUCCAUCUUGAUCGGAGGAGCCAUAGUGUCGGUAGUAACGACGAAAAGCGUCGUCAAUGGCACGAUUUCCGUUCCAACCACAUCCUCCCCGACUACUACCGAACAAGUUGCCGCACCACCCUCCUCCACUUCUGUGGUAAUCACGGAACAACCUGUGACAGCGAUAACAACCGAGGAUACGUCUCGAAUAUUAGCUUCGGUUCAAACGAGUCGUAGCAUAUCCGGCGCUCGAUUCUUGCCGUUUCCUGUAAUAGAUCGUAUCGAACCGAUCGGCCAUAACAGCGAGAAGAAAACUUCGCCACCUCCAGAGUCCACGGAAAGCAUUAUCGACAAAUUGGACAGGGUACAGUCGGAAUUGUCCAGCGGUUUUCUCGCCGGUGGCUUCCGAACUGCCGGCAAUUCCCUUCAGUUGGACGUUUUGAACGAAAGAGACAGGAAUAAUCGCAGAAGGUAUACGACUACCGCUAAGACGCCGGUCAUUAGCAAGUUUGUGCCGCGAAGAUACAACGAUAAGAGAAACGAUCAUGCUACGCCGAAGCCGAAGAUGGAAACGACGCUUGAUAGCUUGGAAGGGUUGUUACCGCGUGAUUACGUUACGAGGAGUUCGUCGACGAUGUCGACGCUUCCGAAGACUGGAUUUAGAUGGCCGACAAAGAGCACGACUAGCACAACAGCAGAACCAACCACGACUCAACUCGCGUCAACUGCCUCCAUUGCCAUGGCGAAGAAACCUAAAACCAACGUGAUUGUCCAAGACAUAAGUGCCUUCUUACCACCCGGAUACAAAUUGAAGAAAGAGGACUCGACCGUUACAGAAAGCUCCCUGUUAAAGGAUAUUCUGGCGAAAUCUAAGGUCGAUAUAUCGUCGUUGUUACCAGCGGAUUAUAACAAGAAGAGAAACGAGGAUGACACGACAGCAAUGACGACAACAGCGAAAAAUAUAGGCGUUUCGUCGGAGAAAUCGCCAGCUGAGAAAACGAUUCAGGAUUUGUUCGCUAAAUCCAAAGUUGACAUUUCUUCCUUGUUGCCACGUGAUUACGAACAGAAGAGGAAGAACGUUAUUUCAGAGCCGGGAGACGUUCGUACUGAGAAUUUUACCGAAUCCAAUGUUUCCGUGACAACAGAAUCUACUUCGUCCACAACGAAGAAAUCCGCUGGUUUGAAACUCGUGUUUCCUAGCAGGCCUGGCGGACGGAAAGCAAUUAAUAAAAUCACCACGCCACCCAGUCCUCGAGGUGAAGGACCUGGCACAGUUACGCCAAAAAUACACAGAGGAUGGCCGAUCAGAGUUACCACAGAAUUUACCGGCUGGCCUAGUUCGUCGACUACCCCGAUCUCGAUAGAAAAGAUACUGGAAGCUGCCCGAACCGCAACGAUUUCGUCUGCGUCGCUAAUCCCGAUAACCGAAGCAACGUCGAGCACCACGACAACGUCGACUACGACGACAACGCCUCGACCAACCACACCAGGAAUUUGCGAGCAAGAUUGCGAAGUCGCUGGAACUAUAAAGAUAAUUGGUAAUACAAGCUGGGUACCGGAAUUGCUUGAUCGAAAUACUCAAGAAUGGCAGAAACUCGCCAAUGAAAUUGAGCGAGAGAUGAACUUCAUAUUCUCAAAAUCUGCUGUCCUAGCAAAAUGGUAUAAAAAGAUAAGAAUCGAUUCAUUCAGCGAGGGUAGUAUUUUGGUAGAUUAUUUUGUCGAAUUGGCCAACUUGGAGCAAAAUGUUAAUACGCAGGAAUUGAAAGUUAUUUUCCACGAUUCGUUACGGACUUAUAACGCAAAUAGGUGGAACGAAACUAAAACGAAGAGUUCGAUAAAGCUUGGAUCGUUUACGAUCGAUCCGAAAUAUACGGAUUUUGUAGUGAUACCUAAAGUAACAACUCCCCAAUACACUGAAGAAGAGGAUAGAUUAUUUCCACAAUGGGCAAUUGCUGUAAUCGUAAUUGGUGUUGGUGGAUUAGUCUUUAUCAUUAUAUUUGGUGUCUCUGUUUUAAUAAAUCGUCAUAAUGCUUCGAAAUUGAAACCAUCUAUAUCUACAAUUUACGAGGAAGAAGUAGCAAAGAAUAUUACAGCUCAUAGAUCUAGCGAUUACUCAAAACCGGUACAUACGAUUUGGACUGACCCAGACGUUUCUUGGAACGACAAAUCUUUCGAAUCGACUUCCAACAAGAUUCUUGUCGAGAAAUCUUUUCAAGACAAUAAGAAAUAUAACAUGUACGAUAGUUGGAGAUCGCAGUGGAACGGUUAUUAUUACAACGGGUCUCAUACUAGCAGUAAAUAUGGCGGUUACGAUAGUACAACAAAUUUAUCAAGUCGUCAUCAUCCUGAUUACGAUACAAAUUUCUAAAUUUUACGGUAAUAAAGUAAAAUUUCUAUCAA